CCUCGCCAGUCAGCCCUUGGCGCUCCUCUCAGUCGCCACUCGCCUUUCAUUCUCCUCAGUCUUCUGACUUUUAUCCCUUUGCCUAGUCGAAGCCAGGCAGCGGCAAGAGCAGAGCGAACACCAGCUCUACAAGUGGUGCUAGAAGCGCAGCCUCCGCUCCUUCUCAAGCUCCCCUUUCGGUGGGAACUGCUAGCUGCCGCCAUCAUGUCAGCUGCAAAUCCUGAGACUCCAAACUCCACCAUCUCCAGAGAGGCCAGCACCCAGUCCUCAUCACCUACAACCAGCCAAGGCUAUGUUUUACCAGAAGGCAAAAUCAUGCCAAACACCGUUUUUGUUGGUGGAAUUGAUGUUAGGAUGGAUGAAACCGAAAUUAGAAGUUUCUUUGCUAGAUACGGUUCAGUAAAAGAAGUGAAAAUAAUCACAGAUCGAACUGGUGUGUCCAAAGGCUAUGGAUUUGUUUCAUUUUAUAAUGAUGUGGAUGUGCAGAAGAUAGUAGAAUCACCGAUAAAUUUCCAUGGUAAAAAGCUGAAACUGGGACCUGCAAUCAGGAAACAGAAUUUAUGUUCUUACCAUGUGCAGCCACGUCCUUUGGUUUUUAAUCCUCCUCCUCCUCCACCACCACCACCACAGUUUCAGAGUGUCUGGAGCAAUCCAAACACUGAAACUUACAUGCAGCCUCCGACCAUGGUGAAUCCUAUAACUCAGUAUGUGCAGGCAUAUCCUCCUUAUCCUAGUUCACCAGUUCAGGUUAUCACUGGAUAUCAGCUGCCUGUAUAUAAUUAUCAGAUGGCACCACAGUGGCCUGCUGGGGAGCAAAGGAGUUUUGUUAUACCCCCGGCUUAUACCACUAUUAACUACCACUGUAAUGAAGUUGAUACAGGAGCUGAAGUUUUGCAGAGUGAAUGUUCAGCUCACGAAGUUACUCCAUCUUCUGGAAAUGGCCCACAAAAGAAAUCUGUGGACAGAAGCAUACAGACUAUGGUAUCUUGUCUAUUUAAUCCGGAGAACAGACUGAGAAACUCUGUUGUUACUCAAGAUGACUACUUCAAGGAUAAAAGAGUGCAUCACUUUAGAAGAAGUCGGGCAGUGCUUAAAUCUGUUUGAUUCCUUCUGCUAACUUUCUAGUCUCAUGAGAAGUUGCUGGUUUUGAAUAUUAAGAGGAGACUGAAAGUUUUUCACUAUUAGAGAAAUUUAAUUCUGAAUUUUUCUAAAUCACACUUAGACAUUCUUAAACAAGUUGUGUUAGAUUGCCUAGCUUUAUUUUACAUUGAAAUUCUUCUUCGUUAGAUGUUUAUUUAGAAACUAGUUCUGUAUUCAAUAUAUAGUUGAAAGUAAAAACUAAUUGAGACUUUCAAAAGAAAUAACUUUAAGAUUUAUCUGUUAGGAUAUUUUUGGUUGAAACUGACAUUUUAAGAGUUUAAAAGCAGUUGCUGAUUUUCAGGAAAUUGUUUUGGAAAACCUAUUCUGAAAGGUCAGAAUUUUGAUAGUUUGAUACAAGCAUUUCACUUCUCCAACAACUACCUGCGAAUAGUACAAUAUUUAUACAAUAUUGUUCUUUACAUUUAUGAUUUGUCUAGAAAUUUACCACAAAAGCAGAGUGUUUAAAACUGCAUUUUUAAUCAGUGGAACUCAAAAUAUAGUUAGCUUUGUUGAAGUCUUUGUCUAAACCCAGUAAAACAGAUUCUAAACAAACAGUCCAAUCAGUGGGUCUUGUGUCUAUUAGUUCAAAAUACUUACUGUAACUAGAAUCCCCACAGAUAUCCUAUUCUAUUGGGAUGGUAAUUAGGAUAACUAAAAUUCUGGGCCUAAUUUUUUUAAAGAGUCCAAAACAAACUAAACUUUACUCAGUAUAUAAACUUCUCAGUGAGUUACCAUUCUCCUUUUUUCUUUUUUUUUUCCCUUGAAAUGCUAAGCUCAAUGGCUACAUUUUAAAUUGUGCAAAAUACUGAUAUUAAAGAAUGCUGAAACUUUUUUAUGUCACUUAAAGGUUAAUCAGAGUAUCUGAAAGAAAUUGUUUUUAUAAAAACAUUUAAGUAUUAGUUGUUGAAGAGCAAACACACUUUUAUUUUUGCUUGUUAGCCUAUUUCUCUUUUUAAAAGUAAAAUAUGCUUAGAAGAGUCCUUUGACUCUUAGACUCCUUUUGGUGUUUAAAUACUUAAACUUAAGUUGUAAGCAUAGCUCAAGAAUAUAUUAGAGUCAGAGUUAACAAUCCAUAUCUAGAUUAGCUAGUCUCCUUGUUAGAUGUGUAUUUUGACCAUUAGAGCCCCUUUUCUGUCCCCACAGUCUUGAUUUUCCAGUCUGUAGCACCAUUUUUCCAGGAGGUUUGCUUCUAGAACAGGUGAUGUAAAGAAGAGAAGUGGCAGCAAGAGCAGUUUGAGGGCUAACUGAGCCUUAGAAAGGCGGCGGUGGGAUAAAAUCUUUCUAAGGGAAACAUGUGUCCACAUCAUUUGACAUGCCAUAGAAAUGAGUUUAAGGUGGCUUUCUGCCUUUUUUUUUUUUUUUGGGUCCCUUCACUGAAACAUGGAGACUCCAUUUAUUUCUAACUUUUAAGGCAGCAACCAUGGGUUAUAUUACCAGUCCCCAUGGUUGCUUUAUAAUUCCUAAUAUUUUUUACUCUGUAUCAAAGGGAAGAGUCUUCUAAGGAUCCCCAAGAGGGCUUUCUUAAGCCUCAGAAUUUGAAAGUGCCCUGAAAUUUGUCCUUUAAAAAAUUCACUGUGGGGGGAGGGGGGAUGUUAUGCUUUAACAUUCUUAUAUAUAUCAUUCUGUGAAUAAAUUUCCACGUUACUCUAAAUGAUAGCUAAAUUCGAAAGAGCCAAUUCUAAUUAUCCCAAUUUGACCUUAAGAAAAGAUUAUAAACUUUUUAUUUUUCUGCUUUUUUGUUGGACUGAAGUAUUUAAAAGCGUAAGGUAGAAAAAAGAGACAAAGUCCUGAACCUUUCAAAAUGGAGAAUUAAUUUUUUUUAAAAAGUGUUUUAUUACCUAUUGUUGAUACUGUCUUUGUAUAAAUGAAUAAAUAGAAAUAAAGACACUUUGUUUUUCCAAGUGCA